GUGAAUGCCAGGGAGAAGCUACUGCGCAUGCACCAACGUUUAUAUACACAUUAAAAAUCUCCAGCCGUGUAAAUAUUUCCCAACAUCUUCCCGUGAGGCUUCUUACCUCGCAUUCUACAGGAGAUGUCCCUGCGUGUCCUACUGGCUGUCCUGUGCAGCCUGCAGCUCUCUCUUACUGUGGGUGACCGAGAAGAAGUCCAGAUGGUUUGUGCCGGGAAGGAAUUCCAUUUACCCGUUUACUCGACAUCAAGAACCGUCACUUUCACACCAAACCCUGCAGGAUCAAGGCGCGUCCUCCUUGAGAAGACCUUUGUAAGAGACCCUCGAUUCAAAUGGACCAAAGAUAAGAUGUUGGUGCUGAAGGAAGUGACUCAUGCGGACCAAGGACUUUAUUCCAUCAAACUGGGUUCUGGAUUCACCUACGAGACAGUUCGUCUGACUGUUUCAGAAUGCGUCAAGUCCAACUACAGAAAAUAUGGACAAAACUUUGAGUACAACAUCCCCAACAAUGGCUCCGUCCUGGAGUUUGCUCCCCGAGGUUCUCCGUCCGAGGCGAUGCUGAUAGUUCUGUGGAACCUUACCAACCAUGACACCAGUGUUGCGGGUCGGGGACGGCUGCUGCGAGACGGGAAGGUCUGGCUGGCUGAGAGAGUGACGCAGGCCGACCAGGGCAACUACACGGUGCGGGACGCCGAAGGCACGGUGGUGUCCCACAUCACCCUCAUCGUCGGCGGACACAUUUUCAAUGUGACUCGCAAUAGCAAAGGGUCUCUGGCCCUACCUCUCUUUCUCCCCGUACCACAAGCGUACCUCAUGUUUACCGCCGUCCGACGCCCUGACGAAUCCUCGCUGGAUCCUUCAGACCCCCGUCGUGGUCCUUCGCAGCUGGUCCACGAGGGCCAAAUAACCAACCAAGACCCUCGGUUCAGGGGUCUCGUCUCCAUAGGCUGGAACGGCUCCACUAACGUGGUCGUCAUAGCGAGGCUAACCCCAAGUCACGAUGGGGUCUAUGAAAUCAGAGACAGGGAUGGGAACCUGGUGUCGUCCACCUCGUUGCAUGUGAUAGAAAAGGUGGACAAGUUGCGAGCCCUUUUCAAGUCCAUCACUGUCCCUUGUAGCUUGUUUCUGUCUCUGACGGGGGUAAUGCUGUUCUUGAAGCGCUACCCUUGGCCCGCCUGUAACCCGUUCAAGAUUCUCGCGUGGUUCAGGAAAAAGCGCACGCCGCAAGCACAGCCCCAGAUGGUCAACAUCCAGAACUACAGUGAUCCAAGCCCUCAGGCUCCUGGCUACUACAAUCAUGUCCAGCAGCCUGGAACACCAAGGAAAUGGACCCCGGUUGCCAGUCCAGUUCAUAGCUCUUUCCAGGGUUAUACUGCUGUGAUGGGAGCAACCACUCCUGUUUGUGCAAAAGCAGAGAACCAGGCAGCGCAGAACCUGACUCCCGAAACAACUAAUGAGGACGAGGGGAACAUUUCCUUCCCGUUGUCGGGGGCGUCAGAUUGCCUCCACACCUCUGAAGACUGCGUUCAAUUUCAGAUCAAAAAGAAGUCGGUUCAAGAAAGAUGGAGUAAAACAAACGAGUAUUUUUCUAUGCUGCCACUAGACACGGAUACAUCUGAAACCUGCAGCGUUUACACUUCCAAGAAGCUCAACGUCUUGUAGUGCACGGAGGAGCUUGUGAAAAAAGUUACAGAAAAAGGCAAAGACUCACUCGUGCCUUUUUGCAAUCGAGCCUAUACAGUAUUUUAAAUCAAUUCGUAUCCACAUUGCAUGCCAUUAUUCCAAGUGUAAUGGUAUUUUCCUGCAGCAUGAUAAGAGUAUUAGCCUUUCCUGCUUCAUACUUGUCAUUUAUUUACUCUGAUGGGGCUUCAAAAGUCUCCCAUCCUCUAAUGUUACCUACCUCCAGACCCUCAGGACCACCCAGAUCUGCACAGUAUAUAUUUGCUGAACCUUUGUGAUAGACUUAGACAAACUUUAAUGAUCCACAAGGGAAAUUGUUCAACACAGUAGCUCAGUUACAAUGACAGAAAGGACAAUAAUAGACUAAAUAUAGCAAUCUAAAAUCCAUCCAUCCAUCCAUCCAUCUUCUUCCGCUUAUCCGAGGUCGGGUCGCGGGGGCAGCAGCCUAAGCAGGGAAGCCCAGACUUCCCUCUCCCCAGCCACUUCGUCCAGUUCCUCCCGGGGGAUCCCGAGGCGUUCCCAGGCCAGCCGGGAGACAUAGUCUUCCCAACGUGUCCUGGGUCUUCCUCGUGGCCUCCUACCGGUCGGACAUGCCCUAAACACCUCCUUAGGGAGGCGCUCGGGUGGCAUCCUGACCAGAUGCCCGAACCACCUCAUCUGGCUCCUCUCCAUGUGGAGGAGCAGCGGCUUUACUUUGAGCUCCUCCCGGAUGGCAGAGCUUCUCACCCUAUCUCUAAGGGAGAGCCCCGCCACCCGGCGGAGGAAACUCAUUUCGGCCGCUUGUACCCGUGAUCUUGUCCUUUCGGUCAUAACCCAAAGCUCAUGACCAUAGGUGAGGAUGGGAACGUAGAUCGACCGGUAAAUUGAGAGCUUUGCCUUCCUGCUCAGCUCCUUCUUCACCACAACGGAUCGAUACAGCGUCCGUAUUACUGAAGACGCCGCACCGAUCCGCCUGUCGAUCUCACCAUCCACUCUUCCCUCACUCGUGAACAAGACUCCGAGGUACUUGAACUCCUCCACUUGGGGCAAGAUCUCCUCCCCAACCCGGAGAUGGCACUCCACCCUUUUCCGGGCGAGAACCAUGGACUCGGACUUGGAGGUGCUGAUUCUCAUCCCAGUCGCUUCACACUCGGCUGCGAACCGAUCCAGUGAGAGCUGAAGAUCCUGGCCAGAUGAAGCCAUCAGGACCAAAUCAUCUGCAAAAAGCAGAGACCUAAUCCUGCAGCCACCAAACCGGAUCCCCUCAACGCCUUGACUGCGCCUAGAAAUUCUGUCCAUAAAAGUUAUGAACAGAAUCGGUGACAAAGGGCAGCCUUGGCGGAGUCCAACCCUCACCGGAAACGUGUCCGACUUACUGCCGGCAAUGCGAACCAAGCUCUGACACUGAUCAUACAGGGAGCGGACCGCCACAAUCAGACAGUCCGAAACCCCAUACUCUCUGAGCACUCCCCACAGGACUUCCCGAGGGACACGGUCGAAUGCCUUCUCCAAGUCCACAAAGCACAUGUAGCACAUGUGCACAUCUAAAAUAUCACAUAUAUAUGAAUAUAUACAUAAUAGGUGUACAGUAUAUUAUAUAUACAGUCUAUAACAUAUAUACCAAUGACCAUGUACAAUAUUACAGUAUAUGUGACAGCAGCAGCAUAAAAUAGAGAGUAGAUCCAGCAGAAAAUAGAAAAUAGACGUUAAAAACAAAAAGAAGUAGCUAACAUGCCAGGUGUCAGGUAAUAGACAGAUGUCAUCUAUUGCUGUAUGGCCAGUGAUUAUACAGCUGGAUGGAAUGAAGGAGUUCUUGAAUCGCACAGUGCGGGAAGGAAGCUGAAGGAGCCUGUUGGAGUAUGAACUCCGCUGUCCCUCAAUUGUCAGGUGGAGUGGGUGGGCAGGAUUGUCCAUGAUGGCCAGCACUUUGUCCAGUGUCCUCCUGUCCCUCACUCACACAAACACUUUACUUUGUCCUCCUGUCCCUCACUCACACAAACGCCUCCAACUGCGUGCCAAUAGUUUUCGGAUCAGUUUAUCAAUCCGGUUUGAGUCCCUUUUGCUGGUGCUGCUCCCCCAACAAAGCACUGCAAAGUACAGGGCACUGGCCACAACAGACUGAUACAAGAUCUCCAACACACAUUAAAGGACCUAAGCUUCCUCAGGAAAAAGAGUCUGCUCAUGCCCUUCUUGUAAACAGCUUUGCAGUUGUCCUUCCAGUCCAGUCUGCUGUUCAAGUGGACUCCUAGGUGAUAUAAGUGUAGUCAUUAACUGUGAAUAUUUACAAUGUUAAAUGUGCUGUAGUAUAGUUAUCUUACUACGAUAACCCUGUUGGUACUGUAAUAUGCAGUAUAACACGCCACAUUGAACAUUGUACUGUAUCACCAAAUCUUUCCAUUUGAUGAUAAUGACACAUUUUAUUUUUGUACCAUAUGUAUAUUGUUGAUUUUAAAAUAAAAGUGUAUCUCAACAGAUGCAGAUCUCACAUCAGAAUCAGAAUCAGCUUUAUUGUCAUUACGCAAGGUAGCGAGAUUGAGGCCAUUCCAUACAGUGCGAUGUGUGCAUGCUAGAAAAACAAUGUGCAAAUAUAUAAAAAUAUAAAAAAUGUAGAAGUGCAAUGAAUAUGGUGUGAAAUGAAUAUAUACAUGAAAAAAACCAACAACAACAAAAAACAGGGUGGUUGGUGGAAUGGGUUAUUGCACCGAAGAGAAGGCAGUUAUGAGGGACAAUGGGGCAGUCCGUUCAGGAUGGUUAUGGCCCUGGGGAAGAAGCUGUUCUUUAGCCUGUUUGUUUUGGUUUUAAUGCACCAGUAGCGCUUCCCAGAGGGCAGCAGGUGGAACAGGUCAGAGCCAGGGUGGGUGCUGUCCUUGAUGAUGGCACUGGCUCUGUUGAGGCAGCGGGAGGUGUAGAUGUCCGUCAGAGAGGGGAGAGGGCGGCCGAUGAUCUUCUGAGCCGUCUUGACCACUCUUUGCAGCCUCUCCCUGUCUGCUGCAGUGCAGCUGCCGUACCAUACCGUAAUACAGUAGGUCAGCAGGCUCUCGAUGGACGAGCGGUAGAAGGUCAGCAGCAGGUCAGGCUUCAGGUUGUACUUCCCGAGGACUCUAAGGAAGUGUAGCCUCUGCUGAGCCUUCUUGAUGAUUGAUGUGGUGUUGACUGUCCAGGAGAAGUCAUUAGAGAUGUGGACUCCAAGGUACCUGAA